UUUUAUUUAAAAUCACACAACAGCUCAUAUUUAAUAUACAAAUGAAGGCGGCAUUCAUUGGAUAAAUUUCAUGGGUUCUAUGAAUCAUGUAGGUUUCAUCUUAAUCUAUCAAUCAUGUUGAUGACAACUAAAGUUUUCCCAAAACUGCGCAACGCGAUUCUAAUCUGCUGUGAAUAGGCUUCGCAGUGCUUCAUUGACGCGUUGAUAUGGAACCAUCAAUGAAAAUAUGCAUUUAGCAGUCAUAUCGCAGAAUGGGGAAUCCAUUUUGCAAUUACCUAUAUAUUUGUUUUCUAAUUUCACUGUAGUUUUAGAGCACAAGUUCACCGACGAGUCGUUAAAGUACAUCACAGAUGAUUACCUUACCAAAAUUGGUAUUACUGAAAUGGGACCUCGUCUCAUAAUCAACUCGACGAUAUCAAUGCUUUUGGAACCUCGUGAAAAUGUAACCAUUCCAUCAUCCCCCGAUGUGACUAUACCAUCAUUCGAAGCAGGAACAUCCUCAUUUAGAUCGGGCUCAUCAUCACUCGUCACCGAACCGUCAUUCAAAGUUGAAUCAUCGGCAGUAGCCGGCCCAUCAUCAUCUGGAACAGGAUCAGUUUUACCGGGUAUCUCAACUGCAUCAAGACACAAGAACGUAACCACAGAGGGAGCCUUGCCUUUUGCAUCCGUCGCUCAGAUACGAGAACGGCUCGAAAGUGACAAUAAAUUUCGACGCAUUUUGUAUACGAAACUUGACGCAAAUGUAGUUCCUACUCAUACGGAGCUACUCAAGAUGGUUCGUCUCUUAUGUAGAGAUAUGGUUUGGAAGCUUGUCAACAACCAAGAGUAUCCCACCUUCAACGAGAAGAAAGGAUUGGCAAAGCAAAUUGUAGACGCAUUUCCAAUAUUACGAAACACGAAGAUGUCGGAAAAUGCCCCGGAUUACUCGUUAUUUUUCUGGAGAAAUGGAGGAAAUAAACCUGGUGCGGAGCACAGUGGCUUGAUUCAAUCGCAUCUCCGGAAUGCUUGUAAGGACAUUCCAUCGGAUCGGAGGAAAUUUGUCCAUCGGAAAUCAAAUACCAUGACAAGCAUCACACCUGAUGGCAUCCAGAAAGCCCAAGAAGUUGCGUGUGUCGAUCCAAUCUCAUCAAAUUUUCAUAAUAUAUUGAGAGUGAUGAAUGAAACGCAUGAGCUUCUUACGAUGUGCUUACGAGAUAAGAAACGAGUUGCAGAUAUCCUUUCGCUGUUUCCGCAUUUGAAGGCCUACAAUGGAGUUAUGAUCCAAAAAGCGUAUGAACGGAUAAACGUAAACUACAAUAAGUCGUCUCAUUUGAAGCAAAUCUUUUCAAGGGGAUUAAUGUUGGAAAACGAUAAUUUCAAUGCAGUUCAUGAUGAUAAUCUCCGGGGCUGCUUACGUAUUCUAAUGGUACUUGGAAAAAGAGGAACCCGCAAGCCCAUUGGAGUAGAAACCUUAGAGAUAGAGGAACAGAUCGCAGCACCCUUAAUUCGAUGGAUUCCAGAUCACGGAACCGCUCUAGCUGAACAGCUAGCAAAAUAUGUGGGUCUAAACGUAACACACAAAGUGGAGCCGCAUCUUAUUACAAACAACGAAAACUAUUACAUAUAUCUCGAGGGCGAAAUAAUCGAUUGCGGAAAAUCUUCAAUCCAAGCGAUUGAUGUUUUCAUAAAAACAUUUUGCGUUUUUGGCAUUCCGGUUCCAGCGACUAUAAGAAAGUUGGUCGAGUUUUUCGAAAUAGUAUCGUACAAGAUUAAGGCCAAUAGCAGGACAGUAGGAGUGAAGCGCCUUGUGUCUUUAUUUGCUGAAUCGCUGACUGCUGAGAUGAAUAGCGAUUAAGUAACACAUUCGAAUUGUUAAGUUUGCGAAUGAUUUUUCACUCUAGCUGGUACCAUAUG